AUGGAUCUUUUGCUUGUUCCAUAUUGGGCUGACCGUGAGUUGGAUGUCAUACAGUGGCCUCCUUUUUUACUUGCUAGCAAGAUUCCGAUAGCAGUUGAUAUGGCUAAAGAUAGCAAUGGCAAGGAUCGUGAACUGAAAAAGAGGAUUUCUGCUGAUAAUUACAUGUCUUUUGCUGUUAGUGAGUGCUACAAGUCAUUUCGAAACAUAAUAAUGUUUCUGGUCAGAGGUGACCGAGAAAAGGAGGUUAUUGAGUAUAUAUUUUUGGAAGUUGACAAGCAUAUUGAAGCUGGUGAUAUUGCGAAUGAAUAUAAGCUGAGUGCUCUCCCUGGCCUUUAUGACCUCUUUAUCAAGCUUAUCAAGUUCUUGCUUGAGAAUAAGCAGGAAGAUAGGGAUCAAGUUGUGAUUCUUUUCCAAGAUAUGCUAGAAGUUGUGACACGAGAUAUAAUGAUGGAGGACCAUAUAUCCAGCUUGGUGGAUUCUAUCCAUGGGAAUUCAGGACAUGAAGGAAUGAUUCCCCUUGAUCAACAGUAUCAAUUAUUUGCCUCUGCGGAGCCAUCAAAUUUCCAACUCCUGAAUCAGAAGCUUGGAAAGAGAAGUAUUUUAACUCCUUACUACACAGAGGAGGUGCUGUUUUCAUUGCACGAUCUGGAAGUGCCGAAUGAAGAUGGGGUUUCUAUCCUGUUUUACCUGCAAAAAAUCUUUCCAGACGAGUGGACCAAUUUCCUUGAAAGAGUAAAAUGCAACAAUGAGGAAGAACUUAGAGGUUCCGAUGAAUUAGAGGAACAGAUGCGACUUUGGGCUUCAUACAGAGGCCAGACAUUAACCAAAACUGUUCGAGGCAUGAUGUACUAUCGGAAAGCCCUUGAACUUCAAGCAUUCCUAGAUAUGGCCAAGGAUGAAGGUGACUGA